GAGGCCACUGCAUAUAUAGAGCAGGCAUUUUGACAGGUUCCAUCCUCUCUUGGCUCUCUCCCUUCUCCUUUGCAAGGAGAGACCCAAAGGAAGAACCAUAAGCAGGCAGAAAAGCAAGACGCCCUCAUUUCUCCUCCCAAAUAUUUUGCAUCGCCGCCACCCCCGCCGCCAGCACCGCGAAAUGUCCACCAAGCACGGCAUGAACCCAACCCUCACCGACUCGCAAGCCCCGGUGGGGAAGAAAAAGCCCGGCGGCAUGAACAUCUUCCGAGCGGCAUGGCUCAGGCGACGCCGCUGCCCCGAGAAAAAGGCCGGCGGGCCUAUCAACGGCGACCCUUCUUCCAAGGGCAUGCUGAACCAGGUCGUGGGGUCGAUGCGGCCUCUGCACCUCCAGAGCCACCGGUCGCCGCAGCACCCUCGGAUGCAGGGAGCCACAGCCCCGCCCUCAACAAACGAGCAAUACGAGGACGUGCUCUGGUCGCCCGUGUCCACGCCGCGCAGGAUGACGUGCUUGUCUCCAAGAUCUUCCGCUUCCGAAGAGGGAACGAGCCGGUUCGCGUCCGCAGUGAACCUUGCGGAUCUCGACUGCGAGAGCGAGGACGGCGAUCACAACCCCGACAUCGAGGAAGGCGACGAGACGAUCGAUGUGAAGGCCGAGCAAUUCAUUGCUCAAUUCUACGAGCAAAUGCGUACCCAAAAUUGCAAUCGCAAAGUUAAGAUGUCUAGUCAUCAAUGAACCCGAUGCACAAAAAUUUGUGGCUCUUGGUGACCUAAUUUGGUCGGUCCACAUCGUGGCAAAGGGAUAUAGCUUAUGAAGAAUUGUGUAUGCUAGAGAUAUUUGGAAUUUAGUUCCUUGGUAUUUAUUUCUUAUAUUGUAACACCUUUGUUGGCAAGGCCAAUGAGGUGUGCUUGGAAUACGCCUCGCGUAAAUAAUAAGAAUUUACCAUCACUUUUGUGAUCAAA